UUAGAGAGAAAAGAGCGUAUAAAGAAGGCUUUGACAUGAAUUGGACUAAUACGAUUCGCGCACCGACGAAAUAAGAGCCGGAAUCAUGAGGAAAUAUCAGAUUUACGUGAUUUGUUUUGUUGUUUUGGCUUUUGCCGCUGCCACAGCUACAAGAGUUUGCAGCAACAGAAAUAUCUUGUGCUCUGUGGUUAGAUCAACUAGUUGUUCAAAGAAAAUCGUUUCCAGUCAUUGCCCAAGGCUUUGCAACACAUGUGGAGCAAAAUGUCGAAACAUAAAGGCGUCAAUGCGCGUUGAUUGUGGCUACCAUGGAAUUAGUCCGUUGGAUUGCUUGAGAAAGGGAUGUUGUUAUGGCGAAUUAAAGGUGGCUGGCCCGUGGUGUUAUCAUCGAAAAGCAAACUGUCCCAUGAUUGAAGCAAACAAACGUGAAGAUUGUGGUUACCCUGGGAUAAGCAAAUCAGAUUGCGUCAAAAAAGGAUGCUGUUACAACGCGAUCAAGGAAAAGGGACCGUGGUGUUAUUACAGGCAAGAAAAAUGCCGGAAAAUAGCAGCAACAAGACGUCAUGAUUGUGGUUAUCCAGGCAUAACGAAGCGGGCAUGCGAGAAGAAAGGCUGUUGUUAUAGUGAAUUGCUAAACCAAAGUGGACCGUGGUGCUACCACCGCCUAGAAAAAUGUCUGCGCAAAGCAACAGAACGUGACGACUGCGGCUAUCCUGGUAUAACAGAAUUCGAAUGCAUGAAAAGAGGUUGCUGCUAUAAUUCAUUGCCCGGUCGUGGGCCAUGGUGUUAUUACCGAUGAGAUACGAGGACCUUCGGAAGAUUAUAUGCGAACUUUAGUGUACUCAUUGUUGUAAAAAUAUGUUGUCAAAUAAAUACCUCUAAUAUAUGAACUUUUCCUUCCCAAUAAGAUCCAGUAGGAGAUGAAUGAUUUGACUGCCAAUUUUCUUUUUGUCAUGUCGCUGCAGCCAAACACAUUUGAAUUAUUGCAUAGGGUGCCUUGAGUGUCCGUAUUUGAUGAAAGGAGUAGUAAGCGUUAUUUAGUAAAGCCUGAAAUCUUCUGGCGCCGCCAUACCCAGAAUCGCAAUGCAACCGUGCAAGCGUGGCGUGAGCAUUUCUAUCCAAGGCGUUUUUAACCGGAUAAAGCCGUUUUUUGCUACUUUGUCAACUUGGCAAUUCUGUCUCAUUCGGAGCCACAAUUUUGAUAGUCAAAAAUGUCAGGGCGGAUACGGAAAGCAUAAAUCUAAAUACAAAAAGGCUACUUUUGCGGGCGUUAUUAAUACAACAUAAAAUAACUUGUCUAUCUGUACCGAGAAAGUUUAUGC